UCUCACCAUCAGAAGUACAAUUGACACGAUGUCGAUCAAGUUUACAACCCUGCUGGCCGUUCUAAUCGCACUACUCGCCUGUGCACGGGCACAAGCAGAGCGACGCCAUAAACUUACACGUCCAGUGCACAGAUUCGCCCCGAAUCGACCAUACCUGGCUGGCAAACGGAUUGUCGGUGGAUUUGUGAUCAAUAUCUCUGAUGCACCCUAUCAGGUUUCACUACAGUACGACGACGAUCAUAACUGUGGAGGCUCUAUCCUGAGUAGCAAGUGGAUCCUAACCGCAGCACACUGCAUCAACAAUAACGCACCCUCGAAGCCAACCGUGCGCGUAGGAUCGUCCGAACAUGCAUCCGGCGGAACGGUCGUACGUGUAGCUCGUAUUGUGCCUCAUCCUAUGCAUGGUAGCAAGAACAACUAGCAAGACAUUGCACUGCGAUGCCCUGGCUGGGGUUUGACACUGAGUGAUGCCGAUUCGAACGAUGUUCUACGAGCAACAAACGUACCGACCGUUAACCAGCAGGAAUGUAACAAAGCCUACCAGUCCAUGUACGGUGGCAUUACGGAUCAAAUGUUUUGUGCGGGGUACAAACAGGGCGGUCAAGAUACGUGUCGACAAGAUUCGGGCGGUCCGUUCGUUGCUGAGGGUAAGCUGAUCGGCGUCAUUUCUUGGGGCCACGAAUGCGCUCUGGCAGGCUAUCCGGGGGUGUACGCACGUGUGGCAAGUGCGCGUGACUGGAUUCGUGCGACUAGUGGAGUGUAGAUUUUCCUAGAACCGAUAUCUCUUGAAUAACAAUUUAUUAAUUAAAUGAAACUUAUUGAACUAAUUAAACGAAAAUUAUUGAACGAUAAACACAAUGCAACCCGAUA